GCCCUUUAAAUUCAAAGGCUCUGCUUUUGGUGGAUAUGGAGAGUGUUACACAGCCACUCGCCGCCGCUCUCCGGCAAAACCCCCCGCCGCCGACGCCGCCACUGCACCACCGCAUCCUCACCGCUACCGCUCUCCCCCACUUGAAGCAAAUCCACGCUAAAAUCGUCCGUUCUGGCCUCCGCCUCCCGGCCUCGUUCGUCUCCAGACUCCUCGACGCCUCCUACUCCUCCCCUUCCUCGUCCUCGCUCGACUACGUCCUCUCCGUACUAAUCCACUACCACACUUCCAGCUCACCACUAGUCAACCGCUCGCUCUGCACCCUCGCCCGCGCAGCCCACCCCCCGUGGACACUCGCCACCUAUGGUCGUCUCCGCCGGGCUGGCAUCGGAAUCGACCGCUUCAGCUUGCCUGCGGUUCUUCGAGCAGCGGCGAAGUGUCGAGAUACGACGAGCGCGGUGGUUCGUGAGGUGCAUGGGCUCUCCGCCAAGAUGGGGUUCGACGCGGACGCCUUCGUCCAAACAGCGGUGGUGGGUGCGUACGCGGCGCUUGGGCAGACCGCGGAUGCCCGCGGGGUGUUCGACCGAAUGAUUCAUCGGGACCUUGUAGCGUGGAGCGUCAUGCUAGAUGGCUAUUGUCAGAGUGGUUGCUACAAUGAAGCUCUGCUGCUUUUUGAUGAAAUGAGAAGCUCUGGCGUAGUUCCUGAUACGGUGAUCCUUGCUACCAUUCUGUCAGCAUGUGGGCGGGCUAAAAAUUUGGCGCUGGGUGAGGCAGUGCACUCAUUUAUCCUAGAAUCUAACAUCUCCUUUGAUGCCUACCUUCAUAGCACACUUAUCAGCAUGUAUGCAAAUUGUGGAUUAAUUGACACUGCCCAGAGUUUGUAUGAUGAGAUGUUGCCUAAAAAUCAAGUAGCAUCGACUGCAAUGUUCUUUGCAUAUGCCAAGCUUGGCCAGAUCGAAACUGCACGAAAUAUCUUCGACCAGAUGGCCGAUAAGGACCUUGUGUGUUGGACUGCAAUGAUAUCAGGGUAUGCUGAGAGUGACCAGCCAAAUGCAGCUCUCAAGUUGUUUAACGAGAUGCAACUCUUGGGUGUGAAGCCUGAUGAAAUUACCAUGUUGAGCGUCAUCUCUGCUUGUGCUAAUUUGGGUGCUUUAGAUCAAGCCAAAGGGGUUCAUAUCUUUGUGAACAGGAAUGGGUUUGAUCAUGUUUUGUCAAUAAGGAAUGCUCUGAUUGACAUGUAUUCCAAGUGUGGAAGCUUGGCUGAUGCAUGCAGAGUUUUUAAUGAGAUAACUGGUAAGAAUGUGAUUACAUGGACAAGCAUGAUCACUGGAUUUGCAUUGCAUGGAAAUGGAAGGUCUGCAAUAGCUCUCUUUGAUCAAAUGGUUGCAGAGGGGAUCAUGCCCAAUGGAGUUACAUUUAUCAGCUUGUUAUAUGCUUGUAGUCACACAGGCUUAGUUGAAGAGGGUCGCAGGAUAUUUCAAUCCAUGGUUGAUGUUUACAACAUUGAACCAAAGCACGAACACUAUAGCUGCAUGGUGGAUCUCCUUGGACGCGCCAAACUUCUUCAAGAAGCACUUGAAUUGAUAGAGUCAAUGCCAUUUGCCCCAAAUGUGGUGGUUUGGGGGUCUCUAUUAGGAGCUUGCAAGAUCCAUGGCGACAUUGAGCUUGGAGAGCUUGUGGCAAAGAAGCUACUAGAGCUCAACCCAGAUCAUGAUGGCGCGUAUGUGCUCCUGUCUAACAUAUAUGCUAAAGCUAGCCGGUGGGAUGAUGUUAGGCAGGUGAGGAAGUUAAUGAAGAAUAAAGGGGUACUGAAGGAAGCAGGAUUUAGUUGGAUCGAACUUAAUGGUCAUGUUCAUGAGUUUAUGAUGGGAGAUAAGUCUCAUCCAAGAUCAAGUGAUAUUUAUGGAACGUUGGAUGAAGUUGUAAAGGAAUUAGAACUUGUGGGUUAUUCUCCCGACACAAAGGCCGUCUUAGUUGAUUUGGAAGAGGAAGAGAAAAGGGAAGCUGUUCUCUUGCAUAGUGAGAAACUGGCUCUUUCUCUUGGACUCAUCAACUCUACAAGAGGUUCUUGUAUUCGUAUAGCAAAGAAUCUUAGGAUUUGUGAAGACUGUCACUCUUUCAUGAAGUUGGCUUCGAAGGUGUUUGAGAGAGAGAUUGUGUUGAGAGACAGGACUAGGUUCCACCAUUUCAAAGAUGGGGUUUGCUCUUGUGGAGACUACUGGUGAGGUGCAGUUCUUUGGUUGCAUUGUAACUUGAGUUAUGGCAAUGGUAGUUAAUUGAUUGCAUUCAAUUGUAAGCUUCCAUCAUAUGUGAGACACAUAUUAGUGUGAUGGUAUGCAUCACUUGGUAGCAUGAUUGUUGGCUUCUCUGAAAUUGCCCAGUGAUAUUACGGCUUCAUGUUAAUGAAAGAUAUUAUCAUACCA